GCAACACGUCGGUAGUCGUUCGGCCAUAUUUUCGUUGUUGUUUAUCAGCUGAGCAGCGUUAGUGUGGCGGACCUGUGCUGGCGUGAGGGUGGCUGCCAUAUAGCUCGCUCCCCCUCGUAUGUGAUACUUUUCUUUACGCGUUGUUUUGAGUGUACGUGCGUUGAAAAAAAGCAAAACAAAGACUGUGGCCGAGGAAAUGAAGGUGUGGGGACUGUAGGUGCCGGCGGGGAGGUGCAGGUGAUGCCUCUGGAAGCCACGGAAACCACCGAAACAUUGCUGGAAAAGAGCAUCUGAUCCCUUACAUGUGACUCCUAAGAUCAAAACCGGAGAGUACAAGACAGACGAGACACUGGUGCACACAAACACAUACACACACACACACACACAAACAAACACACAAGGAACGCCAAGGGGAGUGUCUCUUCAGGAGUUUGUGAUAGUUGACGGAGAGAAGUGCGAACAGAGCCAAAAUGGGCCAGUUGACGGCGACACAACUUAGGCGACUGGAGGAGCACAAGUACUCCUGCUCCUCCAGCUCCCUCUUCGACCCCCUCAUGCAGAAGUGGUGGCGCUGGCUGGUGGAGCAGUGCCCCCUCACCCUCGCCCCCAACCUCAUCACCAUCACCGGCCUCAUCAUCAACAUCAUCACCUCCCUGAUCCUCUGCUACUACAGCCCGGAUGCCAAGCAAGAGGUGCCGCGAUGGGCGUGCUUCCUGUGUGCCUUGGGGCUCUUCAUCUACCAGAGUCUUGAUGCCAUUGACGGCAAGCAGGCGCGCCGCACUGGCACAGACGGCCCCCUGGGGGAGCUGUUUGACCAUGGCUGUGACUCUCUGUCCACAGUGUUUGUGUCGCUGGGCGUGUGCUGCUCGGUGAGACUGGGGACGCUGCCGUACUGGAUGUUCUUCCAGUGCAUGAUGGCGGUGUCCCUCUUCUACUGCGCCCACUGGCAAACCUACGUGUCGGGCACGCUGCGCUUCGGCCUGGUGGAUGUGACGGAGGCCCAGUUUGGCGUGAUGAUCAUCCACGCCAUCUCUGUCAUAUUUGGCUCCGAUUUCUGGUCACUCACGGUGCCUGUGCUGUGGCUGCCCCUCAAGUGUGUCCCGACGCUGAUCGGGGUCGUGGCAGCGGCCGUGGCUCUCUAUAAUAAUUUUAAGAUAAUUCUCGUCGAGAGAGGCGCGGGCCGCAAUGGCUCCACAGUUGCCGGCACCAGUGUGUUGUCGCCAGUGGUGCCUCUCAUAUACAUCCUGGCACCAGCUAUUCUCAUUGCCUGGAAGAGCCCUGAGAACCUCUACCUGCAAAACCCCAUCGUCUACUUGCUCACCUUUGGCUGUGUCUCGGCCCGGGUCACCAACCGUCUUGUGGUGGCUCACAUGACGAAGAGUGAAAUGGCGUACAGCGAUGCCUCCCUGCUGGGCCCUGGUGCUCUCUUCCUCAACCAAUAUUUCAACUGCCCCAUCCCAGAGAAAGCCUUGCUCUAUGUCGUGUGUGUGUACGUGAUCUACGACCUCAUCAAGUACUGCCGGCAGGUGUGUCUAGAGAUCUGCCAACACCUUAACAUCAUGCUCUUCACCAUCGUUCCUCACCCACCCUCAUGCUCAGGGCACGUCGCUGCCCCAGAGAAGAACGGCAGCAGUUCCAACACCAAAUACAUGACGCGCAGCAAGAGUAAAGUUAAAGGUCAUUAAUUCGAGUGAAGGAGAGGAUGUAAAAAAAAUGAAGAGUACUGCUUCCCUACAAAAUAUUUUAGGUUAACCCGUUGUACAGGGUGAUUGUGUUGACGAUGCGUUGAACUGCCAUCGGGUGGUGAGCAAGGCGAUGGCUAGUGUCGUGUGUGUUGCCGCGUCCCAUACGUACUUCCCUCGCUGUGGCCGGAGCUGCACCGGGGCGUGGGAGAAGAAAUCCAAGUGUUUAGUUUGGUUACUUUGGAAAGCUCUUGGUCCAGUGAAUGCUAUUUGAGUUACCAUUCCAGAGGUUUUAAAAAAUUACUACAUCAAUGUUCUGGAGAGUUCAAAAUUGCUGAGGGUUUCUUUUUAGUUGUUGCUUAAAGAUAGCAGUCCGAAGAGUUAAUUUGAGUUGUUUCUUUAGUGGUGAGCCAAUUAUUAGUUUUGUUUCAUUAAAUUAUCUGAAUUUUGUGUGUGGGGACAAUGUAAAGCUGGUAGUGGUGGUGGUGGUGGUGGUGGUAGUGCUGCUUCUCAAUAACUGGACCAGUCACCACCCUAGAGUUGUAGUCAUCACAGUCGCCUCCUUGUCUCACAGCACAUCCCUGCCCUUCCCUGCCCGGCCCUCGCGGUAUAGAACAGUGUUGUCCAAACUUUUUUCCCCUUCUGUACACCUCAACUUAUUUUACCUUCAAGUUUUCCUUUGAUCAGUAAACUAAAGAUUGAAGAGCCAGUCAAGAAAAGAAAAGGAUAUUCUACUAUAUAGUUACAUACUAGAAAAUAAAGGAUUCAGUACUGAGCUAAUAAACCCAAACAAAAUGUAUGAAGCUUUCUUGAAACUCACUUUUAAAAGCAAGAUUGAUAUUCACUGAUCAACUCCGCCGCUCUAGAAGGUAGUGACAACUGCAAGUGUUAAGUUUUGUGCCAGGCUCUGCUGUGACUUGAUAUCACAUUUCAAAGAGUUGGGCCCCACAGAAAUAGGCUGAUCCAAAAGGAUUAUGAUGUUCCAGUCUUUGUCUCCUUGGUCAGUGUCCUCAUCUUAAGGUGGCUUUACAUGGGGCACUUUUUCCAGCUGGAAACACUGGCAAUAGGUAGUUGGCUAGAGUUUUUGGCAAUUAUAUUGCCAAUGUAUUUUCAUGGGAAGGCAUCUGGGUAGUCUUAGUCUGGGUCUUGCCAGAAUAACCAAACAAACCACAUCGUUUUUUAGAAGCUCUCUUGCGCCUCCGCCUGGGCCACACAACACUCAGCGCUCACCUUCACCGCUCAUGUCUGUCCCCUGACCCUCACUGCCCCUGGUGCAGGACCGUCAAGACCAUUGAGCACCUCCUGCUGCACUGCCCACGCUUCCACUCCCACCGAGUGCCUUUGUGCACCCAACUCCUCUCCCUAGACAUAACCACCAUUGACUUGUUCACACUGCUGGCGGCAGCAGGCAUCCACCCCUCAUGACAGGCAGCAGUCAGCGAUCUUACUCCUAGGGUCAAUUUUUUACCGAAUGAGAUACAUUUUUGAUGUUCGGUGAGGACCAUCAGUGCCAAUGACUGAGGCAGGCUGUUCCUGAGUAUACAGUAUUUACCUCUACAACAAAUCUGCAAUAACUCCUUUUGUGCCUAACUUAUUUAAGCUUACUGACGUGUGCCCUUUGUCUGCUCACUACGGAGAUGCCAGAGAAGGGAAUCACCAAGUCGAGGCCUUGGGCAGUUUUGGGCGGCCCAUUUUCCCCUAUUUUUAAUAUGCGCACACUGAUAUGUUCCUCCUGCAGCAUCUGACUACUUCAACUCAUUGUAAAAAUUGAAUAUUCAUAAUACUUCCAUUUGGCCAGUGAUAACAGGUGAGGAUGUGGCACACAGGCUGAACAAUGUGUUGACGCGGUAAUAAAAAUUGCCAGUAUUGCCGGUGAAGACCAGCAUUUUGAACUUGCCGGAUGGAGCGACAACAGUGCCAUUUUUGCCCAAGACCGAGACCUAAAAUGGUAGCCGGUUGCAAAAGUUGCCGCAAGUUGCCCUGUGUAAAGCCACCUUUAGGCAACUCCAAAACCUAACUAUAAACUCUUGAACUUCUUGCAGUUUUUGGAGACCAUUGAGUGUGUACAGCUCUUCACUAUAGUUAAGUUGCUGAUUAAAAAAGCCAGAUGACAUAAUGGUGGGAAAUAUAUAUUCUAUUUGAUCAUUACCUUUUCACGUUCCCCUUGGAUAUUACUGCGCCACCCACUUUGGACAACACUGGUAUAGAAAGUAGAAUUAUUAGCCUGCAGAGCCCAUCCUUCUCAUUUAAAAUUUUCACACACACACACACACACACACACACACACACACAUCUAUCAAGUCUUAUGCGAUAUAUGUAUGUUUGCUUUCUGUGAGCAAGAAGUUUGAACCUCUUUUAUUCUAUAUUUCAUUCUUUGUCAUUAGUUCUUUGCUGUAGCUUAUCAUUAUUAUUAUUAUUAUUAUUAUUAUUAUUAUUAUUAUUAUUAUUAUUAUUAUUAUUAUUAUCAUCAAUGUUGUCAUCAUCAUACAGCAAGUUUGUCAUAGUUAUCAUUAUUGUUUUGUAAGAGGGUGUAUGUAUUUGAGAGAGAAGGGGAGAGAGACUUCAAUACAAUAACUAUAACAACAACAACAAUAAUAACAUUACAAAAACAUCAAUAACAACAACAAUAUGCUUACUCUGUGCCUUUUACCGGCCAGAAUCUGCUGGGUUGUACAGAGGACCAGCUGGUGUGAAGGAACGGGAGGGAGAAGGAGGCUGUUAAUUGGUGUACUCAGCUGAUGAGGAGAGGGUCAGGGGGAGGAGCUGCCUGGCACAUGAAAACUAGAUAGGAGAGAGAGUCUGGUAGUUGAGGAGAGUCUUGAUUUGCAUAUAUUUACCCAAGCGGAGAGCCAGGUAGUGUUUGUAAGAGGGGUGGGUUGGCGUGUGAGAGUUAGGUUAGUGAGCACCAUCUGGGGUAAGCGUUAUAAAAGUCUUUGAGGAUGUCAGCUAGUGUUAGAAAGUUAAGGAGAAUCUUGAUUUGCAUAUAUUUACCCAAGCAGAGGGCCAGGUAGUGUUUGUAAGAGGGGUGGGUUGGCAUGUGAGACUUGGGUUUGAGGGUAUCAUUUGGGGUACGUAAAAGGUGGGAGAGUCGUGGAGAGUACCAGGUAGUGUUAGAAAGUUGAAGAGCAUAUUGUUUUGCAUACCUAAAGCUAAGCAGAGAGCCAGGUAGUGUUAGUGGGACAAAUCCAGCUUUAAUGAGGACUAGUGAGUGUUUCAAGUGAAGUGCAAGGGAAAAAAAUUAUGCCAGAUAGAGAGUGGGUUGGCGCUGGCUUGAUAGUGAUGGCAAGAAGCAGAAUGAGUUAGUGUGAGUGGGAAUGAGCUUUAAUGAGGCCCAGUGUGGGGGAGAGGAGGUAUACUAGCUGGGGAGUUAUAGCUGGGAAGGUUACCAGCAGGGGAGAAAGAACUAGAAACAUUGUUAGCUGGGGAGAGAGGACUGGAAAGGUUGCCAACAUGGGUGAGAGAUCUGGGAAGGUUACAAGCUGGGGAGAAGAAAAAAAAACAGGAAGAUCACCAGCUGGGGAGAGAGAGAGCUGGGAAGGUUUCAAGUCAAGGAAGAUGACCAGCUGGGGAGAGGGAGAUAAUUUGAUUGUUGGGGUGAGAGAACUGGGAAGGUUUCAAGUCAAGGAAGAUGACCAGCUGGGGAGAGGGAGAUAAUUUGAUUGUUGGGGUGAGAGAACUGGGAAGGUUACUAGUUGGGGAGAAAAAAAAAACUAUGAAGAUCACCAACUGGGAAGGUUUCAAGGCAGGGAAGCACCAUUGCCAGGUCAUCGUACUCAGAGCACAGUAUUUACCGGUUUCUGACGCCUAUCUAUUGCCAAGAAACACCAGGAUCUAUCUCUUUUAACGAUAACUAUAAAUGAGUUUCGUUAUUGGAGCCCAGAAGACAGUUUAGGGGUAGGAAGUCGGGAAAUAUAAUCGGCUGAGUACGACAAUCUGGCAACGUUGCAGGGAAGAUGAGCAGCUGGGGAGAGGGAGCUAAGUUGAUUGUUGGGGCGAGAGAACUGGGAAGGGUGGAAGGCGAGGAAUUUGUCAGCUGUUGUCUGGGAACGGGAUAGUGUCAUGGUGUGAGGAAGCCUGAGAUUGGGGCAGUUCGACAGUCCAACACAGAGUUAUGGUCAGCGCUCAAACCAGACUGUAUUCUCCACAAUAACCCAUUACUUCUACUCGAUACCAGAUAUUAAUAAACUGAAAAAAAGAAGAAAAAAAAUAGGAUGAUCGCCAGCUGGGAAGGUUUGAAGGAAGGGAAGACGAGCAGCUGGGGUGAGAGAGCUAAGUUGAUUGUUGUGGCGAGAUAACUGGGAAGGUUGCCAGACGAGGAAUUUGUCAGCUGGUGUUUGGGAACGGGAUAGUGUCAUGGUGUGAGGAAGCCUGAGAUUGGGCCAGUUCGACGGUCCAACACAGAGCUAUGGUCAGCGCUCAAACCACAGCUUCCAGAUUAUCGUGCUCAGAGCUGCGUAUUUACUGGUUUCUGGCCCAUAACUGUUGCCAAGAAGCACCAAUAAUUAACCAUUUAAACGAUAACCAUAUACGAAGGCAGUUAUUUGGGUGUUGAAAGCAAUUUAUGGGGCAGAAAUCGGAAAACAUAAGAAGCAGAGUACGACAAUCUGGCAAUGUUGGCUUAUACCAGACUAUAUUCCCCACAAUGAAAUGUUACUUCUCAAUACCAGAUACUAAUAAAGUGAUUUCCGUUGUUGUUUCCUAAAAGUUCCCCCUUCUUUUUAUAUCAACGCCAAACACUAGAGCUACAAGGCUUUUUUGUUGUAUUUUGUUCGGCCGGGGAGCUUACGAACGUGCUGUAUUGGAGUGUAAAACUGGCCCAUUGUGUCAAAGGGUGUGUGGGGGUAACAGCGUAUUGCCUCAGGUAGUUAGGCAAAAGGGCAGGGGGAGGUGUUAGUGUUUCCAGUGAGCUAUAGAGGAAAGCACCAAGACACCUGUUCCACUGAAAUUGACCUCUUAUCUGGCUACUUAACCUUUUCUUCGUUUAUUUGAGCAGUGCCUAGUGGACUGUCUUUUUGUUUUGUUUGAUUUUUUGCCCUUGAGCUGCCUCCCUUGCUGUAAAAAAAAGUCCUGCCCUGUUGGUUGGCUUUUGCAUAGACACUUUGGUUUCUCACAUGAGCUAUUUCUAAAGGCUGAAGAGGGGGUCAGUCAGGUUCUAGUGAGUGUUUCUUCAGGUUCAUGGUACAGGAGAAGGGUCACACUACCACCAGGGUCAUAAAACUAUUCCUGGAAAUGCCCACAACUCCUACGAAAGCCUUGUCAGAUAUGCGUUCUUGAGCGUCGAAAUGUCUUAUAAUGCGACCCUAUGUCCACCAAUUGUUAUGCACCGCCAACGUUGCCAGAUUGUCGUACUCAAGCUUUUAUAUUUGCUGAUUUCCGACCCCAAAACUGUCACCUCCACCCCGAUAACUAGAUUCAUUUAUAGUUAUCAUUGAAAUGGUUAGUUGUUGGUGUUUUUUUGCAUUAGUCUUGGGUCAGAAACUGGUAAAUACAAUCGUCUCUCAAAUAGUACGGUUUCCAAUAGUUUGGUUUCGGUUUUAUACGGAUUGUCAUAGAAGAUCUUUUAAGGAUUUUUAAAUUUCCCGCUCGUCGGGAAAUUUAAAAAUCCUAAAAAAUCUUCUUAGAAAAUCCACAUAAAACCAAAACCGAACCAUUGGAAACCGUACUAUUUGAGGGAUGACUGUACGAUGUUCUGAGUACGAUAAUUUGGCAUCGGUGUGCACCACUCCAAUUAUUAAUACUCAUAUCAAGGAAACAAAACUGCCGUGGUGAGUUGAGCAAAGUUUUGAAAGUGAGCAUUCGUCUACAUAGAAAUUGCUAAACAAGUUCAUUUUCAUACCUUAGCUCCAUUUUCCAGAGCACAUUUAUUUUUGAUGAGUAUGAAUUAGAAUUGUGCAUAUUAAUUAGUGGACAUAUCCUACCAGUGAAGCCUCGUCUCUGGAGCAUGACACAAAUCUACGGGCAGUGACGCCAACCCUUAACAGAUUGCCAGAUGUGACUGAUCCAGCGAGGUUGAUCAGGAGGGAGGAGUACCCAACUUUUUUUUUUUAUAGUAAACAGCUUAAGGGCAAUGAACAAAGAAGAAAACAGAAAGGUCCACUAAUCGCUGCUCAUAUAUAAGCAAACAGGAGUGGCCAGAAUAGAGGUCAAUUUUGUAUGGGGAGGCAUCUUGACACUCCCCUCUUGAACUUCUACAUCUUCCAUUCAUGCAAUUUAUUUCUUACUUUUCCAUUAACCCGGUAGCAGCAAUGGGCCAAAUUUGUGGCUUUAUCGUGUAGCAGCGACGGGCCAAAUUUGUGGCUUUACCGUGUAGCAGCGACGAGCCAAAUUUGUACCAUGAUUUAUACCCCCAAAUAUAGACGAUACAUAAUCUGAUCACAAAUGCUUUGAUAUAUAUUAUGAAAUGGUUUGUGUGAGGGGUGAUUUUUUCUCAUUUUUCUCGCUUGGAGGGACCAUUAAGAAACAUGAUCCCUGCUGCUACCGGGUUAAUGUGCACUACAAGGAGUAAGCAUUAAAUCUGGACCCCUUCCAAGAAAUUGUAUAUGAGUUUUUAGCUUUCAAGUCUUGAGAAAUGGAAAAGUAAAAAAAAAAAAAAAAAUAUCUCACAGAAGAAAUUAAUACUCAUUUAGUCUUCCAUUUGCACCUUUUGUAGAUGGGUGUUGAGUUCGGGUAGCCACAGCCUUUGGGACAUUGUAAAGCACUUGUGUAGUGAGGGAGCAGCGGUGGCAGCAGGUCCUGGCUGGGGCGGAUGCACAGGUUCCGUUAGUAACAUGAGGAGCCCAACAUGUGUUCUCUCGAGUGUGUGUGUCAGUUUUAGGUGAUAAGCCAAUGCUCUGCCUUCACCACACCACCUGGUCUCUCUUCAUGCACCAUUGUGUUACUGGUAAUAGAAUAGCCUUAUUUAUAUUUAACCUUUGCACUCUUCACACUUUCCGUUGGUUUGUAGUCAGAAUAUUACCCACACUGCCCUGAUACAGUAUGCUCUGUCAUAUUAUUUUUUCCUAAUUUGAAGCAUAUCUUUAUGAGUCCCCAUAUUAUCUGAGUCAGGAUGAAUUGCUUUUACAUUGCUUGUGAGUCAUAAUUACUGGCUUUUUUUGUGUAUGGCUUUGCCUUGGCUACUUUGGUUGUGUUUGCUGUUAGCUUUCCUUUACAUAGUUUAUAUGUAUAUUGUAACGCCCUGUGAUAUGCCGGUAGUGGGCUGUCUCCACCACAUGCAUGGCCCUCCUUGUCUGUCCUGGCGGCACGCAGGAUGGGAAAUGAAGACAUGCAUUGUUAACAAGGAAACUUCUACAUGACAUGAUUGUAACAGGAUGGUGUGUAUUUCUACCUGACAUGACAUUACAACAAGACACUUUACAUUUCUACAACAUGACAUUGCAGCAGGUGUACAUUGCUACCUGACAUGACAUUACAACAGGACAGUUUACAUUUCUACCUGACAUGACAUUACAACAGGACAGUUUACAUUUCUACCUGACAUGACAUUACAACAGGACAGUUUACAUUUCUACCUGACAUGACAUUACAACAGGACAGUUUACAUUUCUACCUGACAUGACAUUACAACAGGACAGUUUACAUUUCUACCUGAUAUGACAUUACAACAGGACAUUUACAUUUCUACCUGACAUGACAUUGCAACAGGACAGUUUACAUUUCUACCUGACAUGACAUUGCAAUAGAAAGAUGGACAUUUUAACCAAAUACUAACACUGUAACAAGGUGUCCAUUUCAAUUUGAUAUGGACAUUACAACAGGUAACAACCCCCCAUACAUUUACAACGAACACUGACCUAGUAACAGUAAAAUGUACAUAUCCACUUAACACUGACAUAGCAACAGAAAGAAACAGAAGCCAGGAAACAUUUACCAAAAAGACUGGAACAAAUAUGUGAAAAAUAUAACCCAUAGAGAGUUUUCAAGUUGAUAAAAGUGAUAUGCACACACAAAGGAAAUAAACAAAAUAAAGGAAAAACAAAGCAAAGGAAAAUAAAGGAACAACAAAACAAAGGAAAUAAACAAAAAUAAAGGAAGUAGAAAAGAACAUCCACAAAUCAGGGAACACAGAAACUGCAAAAAGGAAGGAAUUCAAGGACAGUGUUGUGUGAGCAGAAGCGGAGUCUUGUACCGUGCCUGCUCUGUGACUGUACAUUUCAAGACACCGUACGAGACAGCUAGAACAUUACCUCUCAUUUAGGGACUCUUCAGGAAACAGGAUACCGGUACUUUUCACAGUGUGUGCUCCGGAACCAAAGCUGUGUCCGUUUUAAAACUUGAGUCCCGCUUCACACAAUUGCAGUGUAAAUCUUCUCUUUUUUAUUUUUUGAGAGAGAGAGAGAGGGAGGGAAAAAGAAA